UUUGGUCUAUAUUUCGAUGGCGAAGGCGUGAUGCGAUCUCGUGGAAGAGUUAAUGCUUCCUCGCUUCCACCAAAUAGCAAAAAUCCGAUUUUUCUGCCAAGCAAACACCAGUUUGUUGAAUUGUUAACCCGCCGUACCCACAAUCAAAUAAUGCACAGUGGUGUUCGGGACACCUUGACCACAUUAAGAGAGCGAUUCUGGAUCUUGCGCGGGCGAGAAACUAUCAAGAAGAUCAUCAGACAUUGCGUUGUCUGUCGUAAGUGCGAAGGUGGCCACUUUAAGUCACAACCAACUCCAGACCUGCCUGCGAUCAGAGUUUCCGACGACCCUCCAUUCACUCAUGUUGGCUUGGACUUCGCCGGACCGUUAUUUAUUCGAUCCAAGCCAAAUGAAUCACCCACAAUACAGAAUGACAUUGGGCUGUCCACCUUGAACUUACUCGAGGAGUUAGCGUGCAAGCAUUUCUACUUGCGUUUAGACGGUUUUCUAGUCGACGAGGAUUGCCAGCCACAAUUACAUCCGACAACGCUAAAGCUUUCAAGUCGUCCAGUAAGGACAUUGGGAAAAUAA